AUGGAAAAGGGAACAGAAGGAAUGGCCGCCGCGGCUCCCGCUCCUCCUGCCGCCGCCUCCCAGUGCCGGAGCCCCCGCUGCACGGCGGAGCGCAGGGGAGUCCGCCGAGAACUCGACUCCUGGCGGCACCGGCUCAUGCACUGUGUGGGUUUUGAAAGUAUUUUAGAAGGGCUUUAUGGACCAAGGCUACGAAGAGACCUCAGUUUAUUUGAAGACUGUGAGCCAGAAGAGCUAACUGACUGGUCUAUGGAUGAGAAAUGUUCCUUUUGUAAUUUACACAAAGAAACAGCCAGUGAUCGUGCAUCAGUUAUCGGUUCUUCACAGUCAACGCCUACAGAGGAACUGUCAUCUCAGGGCCAGUCCAACACUGAUAAGAUUGAAUGCCAAGCAGAAAACUAUCUAAAUGCACUCUUUCGAAAGAAAGAUCUUCCUCAGAACUGUGAUCCUAACAUUCCCCUAGUUGCUCAGGAAUUAAUGAAAAAAAUGAUCCGUCAGUUUGCGAUUGAGUACAUUUCAAAAAGUAGCAAAAUUCAAGAGAACAGAAAUGGUUCAUCGUUUGAACCAAGUCUGAUGUGUAAAAGUGUCCAAAUGAACCAAACGGAAAACUCCCUUCAGGAAGAACAGGAUAGCCCUCUAGACCUCACUGUGAAUCGAACUCAAGAACAGAAUACUCAGCAAGGGGAUGGAGUGCUAGAUCUCUCUACGAAGAAAAGCGCAAGGUUGGAAGAACCAAAAUAUGAUCCAUUGUGUUCUGAAAACUCAGUGUCUGGGAGACUACACAGAAACAGAGAGGACUAUGUGGAAAGAAGUGCUGAGUUUGCAGAUGGUUUGCUCUCAAAAGCUUUGAAAGACAUUCAGUCUGGAGCACUGGACAUAAAUAAAGCAGGCAUACUUUAUGGCAUACCUCAAAAAACUUUACUUCUCCACUUAGAAGCCUUACCAGCAGGAAAGCCUGCACCUUUUAAAAAUAAAACUCGAGAUUUCAAUGAUAGUUAUUCAUUUAAAGACAGUAAAGAAACUUGUGCAGUCCUACAAAAAGUAGCCUUGUGGGCAAGAGCUCAAGCAGAGCGCACAGAAAAAAGUAAACUCAGUCUACUUGAAACCUCAGAAUUAAAAUUCCCAACAGCUUCCAGUUACCUCCACCAGUUAACUCUACAGAGAAUGGUCACUCAAUUUAAAGAAAAAAGUGAAAAUCUACAAUAUGAAACUUCAAGUCCUACUGUACAAUUAAAAAUUCCUCAGCUAAGAAUAAGUUCUGUGUCCAAACCACAGUCUGAUACUGCUGGUCUUCUGGAUGUUAUGUACCACGUUUCUAAAACCUCCUCAGUCUUAGAAGGAUCAGCUCUUCAAAAAUUGAAAAAUAUCCUCCCUAAACAGAACAAAAUUGAAUGUUCUGGACCUGUAACUCACUCAAGUGUUGACUCCUACUUUCUGCAUGGGGACCUCUCUCCUUUGUGUCUUAAUGCUAAGAAUGGGACAGUAGAUGGAACCUCAGAAAAUACAGAAGAUAGUUUGGAUCGUAAAGAUAAUAAGCAACCAAGAAAAAAACGUGGCCGCUAUCGGCAGUAUGAUCACGAAAUAAUGGAAGAAGCAAUUGCAAUGGUAAUGAGUGGGAAAAUGAGUGUUUCCAAAGCACAAGGAAUUUAUGGGGUACCUCACAGCACUUUAGAAUAUAAAGUAAAAGAAAGAUCUGGAACGUUGAAGACUCCACCGAAGAAGAAACUCCGAUUACCAGAUACUGGCUUAUUUAAUAUGACAGAUUCAGGGACUGGCAGCUGCAAAAAUAGUAGCAAGCCUGUGUAGAAUAAUUGUUAGCGAAUUGUUGUGUGUGUGUGUAUGUAUGUCUGUAUACACACACUACGUGAGAAAUACAUAUGCUCACUCUGACAGAAGACGUGAAACUAUACAGUUCAAAAACCACAUACAUGCCUUUUGAAAAAUAGUUUUAUUCAGGGUUUUCACUGUGGACAGAAUUAUAGAGUUGCUCACUUAAUUCUGAUAGUGUGUAUUUAAUAUAAUCCUUGUAUAAAUAGGUGAAAAGAUUCAGGUUUUAUUUAGUAGUCAAUAGCAUAAAGAUGUUUUGGGAAAAGAAGUAUUUGUCAUGUGAAGCAUAAUUUUUAAUUGGUGGAGAACCACUUUACCCAUUCAAUUAUCCAUCUUAUUAUGGAAAUACACAACCGAGGGUUAGCAGACUUUAUAGUUCACAGAAUACUUGCAAUAAAUUGUAAGUAACUCAGAUUAUACAAAGCAGUGGAUUUAAAAAAAAAAAAGGCUAGUUCCUUACAAGGAAGUGGAUUUGUGAAGUAUUAGUAGGAUAUAGUACAUUCUGUGAAAAAAAAAAAGUUUAUCGUUACUUAAAUAUCCAAUACAAGUAAGAAAAACAUUUCAUUACUAAAAAUGUGUGUUUAGCAGGCAUAAACUGCAUUUUUUUAUCAUUUUAAGAAAAUUUUGUUGUUUGUUUAGAAAGAAAUUGGUGUUUACAAAGUGUACACUUAUGAAAUCUGAGAAAUUACUGUAGUUAUAGAAUUAUUAAAUAUGAAAUAAGAUGGAAUACUAAGAGCAUAAAAUAAUUUAAACUUUAACAUAAUUUUCCUUUUUAGUUUGAUGAUUAAGGUAACUUGUAAGGUUUAAAAAGAAAGUUGGAAUGCUACUUAGAGCAUGUUCAUAAUGUGCACAGAAUGAGCUUAAGAAUGGUUUGGGUUUGUUUGUUUUUUUUGUUUAAACGUGCUGGUUAGUUGAUGUUAUGACUACUUAAAAUUUAUUUAAGGAUUGUGUCACACUCCUAUUGAAAAACCUCACUGUAACUGUAAUGUAUUUGCUGCUGUGACAUUUCAAAACAUUUUCAGUUUAUCAAAAUGAAUACCAAGUUACAUUAUCAUUUUGCUAAUAACCAAAUUUGCAGUUCAGGGUCUUGAUAGAAAUACAAAUAUUGAACAGUGAAGCUGUUUUGAACUUUCAAUAAUAUAAAGUCUUUAUAAAUUUGGUAGUUAGAAGUUAGUUCAUUUUAAAUACAUAACUUUUAAUAGAAUUUAAGGGAGACCAAUUACCUUCAUAUUGCAGUUUUUACAUAAAUUUCAAAGUAUUUACAUUGGACUUUUUAUCACACUUAAUUUUUUUUAUGUAAUAUCAAAAACAUGUCUACAUAUGAAUGGGGGCUUGCUUCAUACAUUCACUACUGAACAUCAAUGCCCUUUUCCUCUCACAUGUAUUUUUUUCUGUAUGCAUCUAAUUUGGCAUAGAAGAAGACUUUUCUCCAACUUUUAUACGUGUCGUACACAUGCACAUAUUUUUCUCCCCACUUAAAUUUGCAUGUGUAUGGGUUAAUUAUAUAAAUAAAUUGGUACAUUGGAUACAUAUGGGCCACAUCAGGUAAUUUUAUUUAUAGAUAAACUUGCCAUUAAAUUCAGUGGAGAGCGUACUGCAAUACUGAUGGUAAAAUCUAGCCCAUAUCUAUUAACGCUACUAAAAAAAUAACAACUUCCAUUUUAAAACAGAAUAAUCCUUUGAAACUGCACAACCAAUAUCUCAGUUCUUUGGUCUCUCAGAUCUACACUGAAUCUCCUUCAGUCAUUAAGGUUUACUUGCAUAUUACAGAAUGAAUCUCUCAGGCACAUGGUGUGAUUCUUGGGGUGUCCUGUGCAGGGCCAGGAGUUGGACUCGAUGAUCCUGACGGGUCCCUUCCAACUCAGCAGAUUCUGUGAUUCUAAGAUUUUAAGCAGAAGUGUACCUGAAAAAGAGUUUGCAGAAGAGCAGGUGUCAGGGUCAUCUUUCAUUUUAAAAGAAUUAAGCCAUAUUUUGUGAGGACCAGAAGGAAUAAUUUGUGAAUAUAUCCCCACUGAAAAAUGCAGUUGAAAAAACGUAAAUGUUUCAACAUCUGUCUUUAUACAGUUUUACUUGCAAAAAUCUGGGGCUUCAAUACAUUGCCUACUAUUUGUACCAUACUGAUGUUUUCUACUCCUCAGACAAUGUUAGAAAUUUGAGUCAGAACUUUAUAUUGAAGGCAAGUAACAGUACUCUUUUUAUAUCAUUUAAAAGAUGACCUGACCAAAAAUUUAACAGGAUUCAUAAAAUCAGGGAUCAUUUUACUAUUGACUUAACAGUACUCAGUAGUUUUGUAUGUAAUAUUAUAAUUAAUUUUCAACAUUUUAGUACUUGUAUUUAUUUUUUGGUCAGAAAUAGUAAUUAAAAUAUUUUUUGAUAGUUUAUAGAUGAUACUCAACCUGUAAGUGUUUAAAGGAACAGAAUUAUUUGUUUCUAAUUAUUAGGCUAACCUUUAAUUACACAACUAAGGAAAGGCAGGGAAAUGUGUAAAUUCUCCUUCCCCAACCCCUAUGUAUUUCAUUAAUUGUCAUUUAAAUUAUACAUUUUGAACUGUUUUAUAAAUUCAGUUACCAGUCACUACUUAGUAAUUGACAAUUUCUGAAAAUUCCUGUUUCAGCAGACUUUUAAAUGAAGGCGAAAGCAAGCCCUACAUGCUUUCUACUUAUUUGAAUGUUUCUCAAGUAUUUUAUAUUAAAAAACAGUGCCUCUGUUUUUAGAACUACUGCUCAGUAAAGCUGUUUAAACCAUUUCUGGUAGCUAAUGACAAUUUUAUAUUAAAUUGUAUAUUAACUUUAGUGAGACUGAUUUUUUUAGUUGUUUACAGUACAAAUACUUGUAUUUGUUUUUUAAUUGCAGUAUUUCCAUUGUCGCAGUAAUUUAGUAAAACUCUGUGGCUGCCUUGAUUUUUGACAGAUUUUUGUUAACAACUGAUUUUUAGGCAAUUAGUUAUAUUUAUGCAUAAAUCAAUUGCACUAUAAUUCAUGAAUUAUUUAUUACAAUAUUUUCUAAUGAAUUCCAUGUAUUUGUCUUGUGUUGUAAAUGUACUGUAAUUCUGUUUCUUCUUUGUGUUGUUAUAUUCCUAAAUCUGAUUGUAUGAAUUUAAUUGUUUAGUUAACGUGUUUCUACGUUGUAAUUUGUAGUAAAGCACUUCAAUGCUUUUGCACAUAAAUUUACAACACUGAUGUGUGAUUGAUUUGCUCAUUCAGUAAAAAAAA